AUGAAGAGGGGCGUUGCGGCGGCAACCAUGGGCGGGGGCACGCCGGCGCCGGGGAAGACCACCGAGGAGCAGGCGAGAGCGAUCAUGUGCGCGGCGCAGAGGGCCGUGGAGGAGGAGGCCAAGAGAGGGGACGGCGACUGUGGCGCCGGGCCGGGCCUGUCCCUGAAGAAGUCGCUCCAGUGGUUCCUGGAAGGCCGCAAGAACAAGGCCAUGGCCGUUGCCGCCGCCGCUGCCGGGAUCCAUCGCCAGCUUGAGGACGACUCCACGUCGUUGUCGUCUAAGUACUAA